AUGGCCGCCAUCCACCGUCCCGCACACCUUACCCACCAUGCCGCCAAACUCGCCUCGGCCGCAUGCAUUGACAAGGCCCAAGCCAUAGGCGUGCCCAUGAACAUCGCCAUUGUCGACGCCUCGCUGUACCUCCUCCACUUCGAGCGCAUGCCCGGCGCAAAACUCACCUCCGUCGACAUUGCCAUCAACAAGGCCUUCACCGCCGCGGGCCACCGCGCCCCGACCUCGGUCUACAAGGAGAACGUCUGGCCUGGCGGCCCGGCCUUCGGGUUGAACAGCAGUAACAACGGCAGGUUCAUGUACGUCGCCGGAGGCAUUCCCAUUGUGGUGGAAGGUGAGGUGGUGGGCGCAAUCGGCUGCAGUACCGGCACUCCCGCACAGGAUACCGAGGUGUCCCAGGCCGGUGUCGACGCCGUCUUGGAGUAUAUCAAGCAACUUCACUCGGAACCCAAGCUGUGA